ACCCGGACCGAGUAGACAGACUUUGUCAGGGCAUGAGCAAGAGAUGUUGCUGAGGCUGCUGUUGCUGCUGCUGCCCGUGCUGUGGGGAGGAGCCCUGGCUAAGGAUUCAAACUACCGGCUGGUACUACAGGAAUCUGUGACAGUGCAGGAGAGUUUGUGUGUCUUUGUGCCGUGCAAGUUUUACUACUCCUGGAGUUUCGUUGGAUCCCCCUACCUGUAUUGCUUCAAGAAAGAAGGGAGUAAAAAGCGUGGUCUUCUAGUGGCCACAAGCAAACUAGAAGAGGAGCUACAGGAGACGAUCCAGGGCCGGUUCUUGCUCCCUGUGGACCCUGAGCCCAAUGACUGCUCCCUGACCAUCAGAGAUGUCAACAUGAGGGACACUGGGACAUACUUCUUUCAUUUAGAAAAUGGACCCUUUGCAUAUAAAUAUGAAAUUAUGUUUAUCACUCUGAAAGUGACAGCCCUGACCGACAAACCUGACAUACUCAUCCCACGGCCCCUGGAGUCCGGCCGCCCCCAGAAACUGACCUGCUAUGUGCCCUGGGCCUGUGAGGAGAGCACACCCCCCAUCUUCUCCUGGACAUCAGCAGCUUACACCUCCCUGGGCCCCAGGUCUCAUCAUCUCUCCUCUGUGCUCACUCUCACCCCACGACCCCAGGACCACGGCACCAACCUCACCUGUCAGGUGCAUUUUCCUGCCACUGGUGUGAAUGUGGAGAGCACCAUCCGGCUCAAUGUGGCCUAUGCUCCACAGAACAUGGCCAUCUGCGUCUUUCAAGGAAACAGCACAG